CCGCACGCCAUGAAGCAGCGGUGAGAGGCGCUCUGGAGAGGAAAAUCCUGGAGUAAGGAGCUCUUCUGGAGGUUCACUCAGGGGUCUCACGUCAGGUGCUGAAACAAAAGAGAAUAAAAGGAAAACUCCUAAAAGAGCAAAAUGAGGAAACAUCGGCAUUUGCCCCUGGUGGCAAUGUUCUGCCUCCUGCUCUCGGGCUUUGGCUUGGUUGGUGCUCAGCAGCAAGCAGUUAUUGAAGUGAACAAGAAGGAUAUAGUCUUCCUGAUAGAUGGCUCAACUGCCUUGGGGGCUGCCCCCUUUAACGCAAUCCGUGAUUUCGUUGCCAAAAUUGUCCAAAGGCUGGAGGUUGGACCCGAGCUGAUCCAAGUGGCCGUGGCACAGUACGCAGACACUGUGAAGCCAGAGUUUUAUUUUAACACCUACCAGACCAGGAAGGAUGUGAUGGCCAAUGUGAGGAAGAUGAAGCUCAUGGGUGGCACGACACUCAACACUGGCUCGGCACUGGACUUUGUGAGGACCAACUUCUUCACCAGUGCUGCCGGGUGCCGGGUGGAGGAAGGGGUGCUCCCCAUGCUGGUGCUCAUCACUGGGGGUAAGUCCAGGGAUGCUGUUGACCAAGCUGCAGCAGAGCUGAAGAGGAACAGAAUAGUGACCCUUGCCGUUGGGUCGAGAAACGCUGACCUGGCAGAGCUUCAAGAAAUUGCUCAUGAACAAGAUUUUGUGUUCAACCCGAACGACUUCCGCCUCCAGUUCAUGCAAGCCAUUCUUCCUGAAGUGCUGUCACCUAUCCGGACACUCUCUGGAGGACUGCUCGUCCCAGAGCCACCCUCAGAAAGCAAGAAGGAUGUUUUAUUCCUGAUUGAUGGCUCAGCCAACCUCUUGGGCAUCUUCCCUGCCGUCCGGGAUUUUGUACACAAAGUCAUUUCUGACCUGAACGUGGGUCCCGACGCCACGCGAGUCGCCGUCGCGCAGUUCAGCGACACCAUCCAAAUUGAAUUUGACUUUGACGAGUACUCAUCCAAACAAGAUAUGCUUACCAAAGUGAAAAGGAUGAAGAUUAAAACUGGGAAGCAGCUGAACAUCGGAGCUGCACUCGAUGAGGCUGUAAGGAGGCUGUUUGUGAGGGAAGCUGGAAGCAGGAUCGAAGAAGGGGUUCCUCAGUUUUUGGUCCUCCUCGUUGCUGGGAGAUCGACCGACAAUGUGGAGGAGCCAUCAGAUGUUCUGAAGCAUGCUGGAGUGGUAACCUUUGGUAUCAGAGCCAAAAAUGCUGACCCUGUAGAGCUGGAAAGGAUUGUUUACGCCCCACAAUUCCUUCUGAACGUCGAAUCCCUCCAGCGGAUUUCAGAGCUUCAGCCAAGCAUAGUCAACCUGCUGAGAACAGUCCAGCUUCAGCCAGCAGUUGAGAGAGGUGAGAAGAAGGAUGUGGUGUUUCUGAUCGAUGGCUCGGACGGUGUCAGAAGAGGUUUCCCUCUCCUGAAGACGUUUGUCCAAAGAGUCGUGGAGAGCCUGGACAUCGGCCGCGACAAGGUGCGCGUGGCCGUGGCGCAGUACAGCAACACCAUCCAGCCCGAGUUCCUGCUGGACACCCACGAGGACAAAGCAGAUCUCAUCAGUGCCAUCCAGCAGCUGAAGCUCAUGGGAGGGUCUCCUCUGAACACGGGGGCAGCCCUUGACUAUCUCAUCAAGAACGUGUUCACGGUGUCAAGCGGCAGCAGGAUAGCGGAGGGCGUCCCGCAGUUCCUGAUCCUGCUGACUGCUGACCGGUCCCAGGACGAUGUCAGGAGGCCCUCAGUGGUCCUGAAGACAAGCGGCACGGUGCCCUUUGGCAUUGGGAUUGGAAAUGCCGACCUCACAGAGCUGCAGACCAUUUCCUUCCUCCCAGAUUUUGCUAUCUCUGUUCCCGACUUCAGCCAGCUGGACUCAGUGCAGCAGGUCGUCUCCAACAGAGUCAUCCGGCUGACCAAGCAAGAGAUACAAUCUUUGGCCCCUGACCUGGUUUUCACAUCACCCAGCCCAGCGGGCGUGAAGAGGGACAUCGUGUUCCUGGUUGACGGCUCCCGCUACGCCGCCCAGGAGUUCUACCUCGUCCGCGACCUCAUCGGGAGGAUUGUCAACAACCUGGACGUGGGCAUCGACACCACCAGGAUCUCGGUGGUGCAGUUCAGCGAGCAUCCCCACGUGGAGUUCCUGCUCAACACCCACUCCACCAAGGACGAGGUGCAGAACGCCGUGAGGCAGCUGAGGUCCAAAGGCGGCCAGCUGGUGAACGUGGGGGAGGCCCUGGAGUUUGUGGCCAAGACCAUCUUCACCCGGCCCUCCGGGAGCCGCAUCGAGGAGGGCGUCCCGCAGUUCCUGGUCAUCCUCUCCUCCCGCAAGUCCGACGACGACUUUGAGUACCCGUCCCUCCAAGUCAAGCAAGUGGGGGUGGCACCUAUGAUGAUAGCCAAGAAUGUGGAUACUGAAGAGAUGAUACAGAUUUCCCUCAGCCCUGAAUAUGUAUUCCAAGUCUCCAGCUUCCAGGAGCUGCCCAGCCUCGAGCAGAAGCUGCUGACUCCGAUUGAAACCCUGACUGUGGACCAAAUCAGGCGGCUGCUGGGAGAUGUGCAGCCGCCCAUAGAUGUUUCUGGAGAUGAAAAGGACAUAGUCUUCCUCAUUGACAGCUCUGACAGCGUCCGGCCGGAUGGGCUCGCUCACAUUCGGGAUUUCAUCAGCAGAAUUGUCCAGCAGCUGGAAGUGGGGCCGAACAAAGUACGGAUCGGGGUGGUGCAGUUCAGCAAUGGCGUCUUCCCCGAGUUCUACUUGAAGACCCACAAGUCCAAAAAUGCCGUCCUGGAAGCCAUCCGCCGCCUGAGGCUUAGAGGUGGGUCCCCCCUGAACGCUGGCAAAGCCCUGGACUUCGUGGUGAAGAACUACUUCAUCAAGUCUGCGGGGAGCAGGAUAGAAGAUGGAGUGCCCCAGCACCUGGUGGUCAUCCUUGGAGACCGGUCCCAGGAUGACGUGGACAGACCCGCCAGAGUGAUCACUUCCACAAGCAUCAAACCUCUGGGUGUCGGAGCCAGGAACGUGGACAGGGACCAGCUGCAGGUCAUUACCAACGAUCCUGGGCGCGUGCUUGUGGUGCAGGACUUCACGGGGCUCUCAACCUUAGAAAAAAGGGUGCAGAACAUUCUAGAUGAGCUCCCGAUACCUACAACGGACUCGCCUGGAAUAAACCAUGUUGGAGGCAAGAAGCAGGCUGACAUUGUGUUUUUGCUGGAUGGCUCCAUCAAUCUGGGGAGAGAUAACUUCCAAGAAGUCCUUCAGUUCGUCUACUCCGUAGUGGAUGCCAUUUACAGGGAUGGCGACUCUAUCCAGGUAGGGCUGGCCCAGUACAACUCGGAUGUCACUGAUGAGUUUUUCCUCAAGGACCACUCCACCAAAGCUCAGAUUUUAGACGCUAUCAACAAAGUCAUCUACAAAGGCGGGCGGGUGGCGAACACCGGCGCAGCCAUCAAGCACAUCCAGGAGAGGCACUUUGUGAAGGAGGCCGGUAGCAGGAUUGACCAGAGGGUGCCCCAGAUCGCCUUCAUCGUCACGGGUGGGAAGUCUACGGAUGAUGGGCCGAGGGCGUCCUUGGAAAUCACACAGAAAGGCGUCAAGGUGUUCGCGGUCGGAGUGAGGAACAUCGACCUGAAAGAAGUCAGCCUGCUGGCCAGUGAGAGCGCCAUGAGUUUCAGAGCAGCCACAGCCCAGGAGCUGUCAGAGCUGAAUGAGCAGGUCCUGGUCACGCUGGAAGCUGCCAUGGAGGAGAGAUUGUGCCCAGGAACAACAGAUGUGACAAGAGACUGUGACCUAGAAGUGAUAAUUGGCUUUGAUGUCAGUGAUGUUGGGCCCGGCCAGAGCAUCUUCACUUCCCAGAGAGUCUUGGAGUCCAGAGUGGAGUCUGUGCUGAACAGGAUAACACAGAUGCAGAAGAUCAGCUGCACUGGCAACCAGGCACCCAAUGUCAGGGUGGCCAUCAUGGCCCAGGCCCAGGGGGGACCCGUGGAGGGGCUGGAUUUCUCCGAGUACCAGCCCGAGCUCUUGGAGAGGUUCCUGGACAUGCGGACCCGCGGGCCCUACUACCUCAGGGCAGACACACUGAGGUCCUACCUGAGCAAAUUCCGCUCCUCACCCGCUGGCAGCACAAAGGUCAUAAUCCAUUUUACUGAUGGUGUAGAUGAGCCAAUAAGUCAGCUGGAGGCUGCUUCGUCUACUUUACACUCAGAAGGAGUCAACGCUCUCAUCUUCGUUGGGCUGGACCGAGUGGCCAACUUUGACAGAGUGAUGCAGCUGGAGUUUGGCCGUGGCUUCACCUACAACAGGCCUCUCAGAGUUAACCUGCUGGACCUGGACUUUGAGCUGGCAGAGCAGCUUGACAACAUCGCAGAGAGGACGUGCUGCAAGGUCCCCUGCAAGUGCUCAGGACAGAGAGGGGACAGAGGUGUGCCAGGCCCUAUAGGACCAAAGGGUGUCACAGGGGAUCUUGGCUACGGAGGCUACCCUGGUGAUGAAGGAGGACCGGGUGAGCGUGGACCUCCGGGUGCGAAUGGGACACAAGGUUUCCAGGGAUGCCCCGGGCACAGAGGAACAAAGGGUUCUCGGGGAUUCCCAGGAGAGAAGGGUGAACUGGGAGAAAUGGGUCUGGAUGGCAUUGAUGGAGAAGAGGGAGACAAGGGUUUGCCUGGCUCCUCUGGAGAGAAGGGAUAUUCUGGCAGGAGGGGAGAUAAGGGAGUCAAGGGAGAACGAGGGGAACGAGGCGACCGCGGGCUCCGUGGAGAUCCGGGAGAUUCAGGAGCUGAUAAUACUCAACGGGGCCCCAGAGGACAAAAGGGUGAAAUUGGACCAAUGGGAGAUCCUGGACCGGCAGGGUCGGAGGGCCAAAACGGUGAAGCAGGGAGGAAUGGCAUGGCAGGACGAAGGGGGCCCAUAGGAGUAAAGGGCACCAAGGGCGCGCCUGGCCAGCCAGGGCCAGCUGGAGAACAAGGCAUGCGAGGGCCACAGGGUCCCCCUGGCCAGGUUGGCACACCAGGCAUCAGAGGAGAGCAGGGUGUCCCUGGACCCAGGGCUGGGAGUGGACCUCCAGGACCCCCAGGAGACCGUGGCAGGAUUGGUCCCCUGGGAAGGAAGGGUGAGCCUGGAGACCCUGGACCCAGAGGGCCGAACGGACAGCCAGGCCCACGAGGAGAGAUGGGUGAUGAUGGACGCGAUGGAAUUGGUGGCCCAGGUCCUAAAGGCAGGAAGGGAGAACGUGGUUUCGUAGGUUACGCAGGGCCAAAGGGUGGACCUGGUGACCGUGGUGUUGCUGGAGGCCCUGGCCCCAAAGGAAACAGAGGCCGCAGAGGAGAUGCAGGAGUACCUGGGAUACCCGGUCAGAAAGGAGAGAUUGGAUACCCUGGGCCAUCUGGCCUUAAAGGCGAGAAAGGAGAAUCCAGAGAUCAAUGUGCGCUGGUGCGGAACAUCAAAGACAAAUGCCCUUGCUGCUAUGGUCCCAAGGAGUGUCCUGUCUUCCCAACCGAGCUGGCCUUCGCUAUUGACACCUCCUCGGGCGUCGUGAGGGAGGUUUUCAACAGGAUGAAGCAAACCGUGCUCAGAGUGGUCAACAACUUGACCAUUGCUGAGAGCAACUGUCCCCGGGGAGCACGGGUGGCCCUGGUCACCUACAACAAUGAGGUCACCACCGAGAUCCGCUUUGCUGACGCCAGGAAGAAAUCCAGCCUCCUGCAGCAGAUCCAAAACUUCCAGGCAACACUGACCACGAAGCCGCGCAGCCUGGAGACCGCCAUGUCCUUCGUGGCCAGGAACACCUUCAAGCGUGCCCGCAGUGGCUUCCUGAUGAGGAAGGUGGCUGUCUUCUUCAGCAACGGGGACACCAGGGCAUCCCCACAGCUCAACGAUGCCGUGCUGAAGCUCUACGACGCCGGGGUUGUGCCGGUGUUCCUCACCAGCAGGCAGGAUGCAGUGCUUACCAGAGCUCUGGAGAUCAACAACACGGCGGUCGGUCACGCCAUUGUUCUCCCAACCAGCGGCGGUCAGCUGAAUCAAACCAUUCAGAGGCUUUUGACUUGUCACAUUUGUUUGGAUGUGUGCGACCCAGAUCCCAGAUGUGCUGGAACUGGCCAGAGACCUUCCUUCCGAGACAGAAGGGCAGCCCCCACUGACGUGGACACAGACAUAGCCUUCAUCCUGGACAGCUCCGAGUCCACCACCCCCCUGCAGUUCAGCGAGAUGAAAAAAUACAUUUCCCACAUUGUAACCAACCUGGAAAUCAGCUCAGAGCCAAAAGUAUCCCAGCACCACGCCAGAGUGGCCGUUCUCCAGCAAGCUCCUUACGAACACGAAAUCAACUCAAGCUUCCCACCAGUGAAAACUGAGUUCUCACUAACUGAUUAUGCAUCCAAAGAGAAGAUCAUUAAUUACCUCCACAACCAAAUGACCCAGCUGCAUGGCACGAGGGCUCUGGGAAGUGCAAUCGAACACACAAUCGCUCAUGUCUUUGAAAGCGUGCCAAGCCCUCGGGAUCUAAAAGUCAUCGUUCUGAUGAUGACUGGAAAAGUGAACAAAAGAGAACUCGAGCACCUGCAGAGGGCUGUCAUCAGUGCAAAAUGCAAAGGGUACUUCUUUGUUAUCUUGGGCAUUGGCAGGAAGGUGAAUGCCAAGAACAUCUACAGCCUCGCCAGCGAGCCCAACGACGUGUUCUUCAAGCUGGUUGAUAAACCAGGAGAGCUCCAUGAAGAGCCCUUGCUGCGUUUUGGGACACUGCUGCCAUCCUUCAUCAGAAGUGAAUAUGCUUUCUACCUGUCUCCAGAGAUAAGGAAACAGUGUGAGUGGCUCCAGAAUGGUCAGCAAAUCCAGGGCCCCGUGCUCGUUGGGCAGAAAGCAGCGUUCGUGGCUCCCAACGCGACCGCCAGCCGCACCUUCCCUGCCAGCACCACGGUCAGCGCCACCAUCAAGCCAGAGAUGAGUGCCCACACCAGAACCACUCCUGCCAGCACCACGGCCCAGGCCAGAGCCCCCGAGACCACCCCAGCCAGCUCUGUGGCCCAGGGGAACGCCACAGCCCAGGGAGCAGCCAGUGCCACCACCAGCCACAGCAAAGCCAGCAGCCGGGCUGCCACCACCAACGCCACAGGCACCGCGGCCGGCAGCAGGAGGAGACACAGCGCAAAGACCCACGACAUCCAGAUCUCAGAUGUCACUGAGAGCAGUGCCAGGCUGCGCUGGGCCAGCCCUGAGCCCCACAGCACCUUUGAUGUCACUGUCACCCUGGCACAGGACCAUUCCCUAGUGCAGAGGCAAAACCUGACCGGCACUGAGCAUGUCAUCCGGGGGCUCCGGAGCGGGCAGAAAUACGCUGUUGUCAUCACCGGCUCCCAAAAAUCCCAGCACAAAGUAACCUACACAGGGUCAUUCAGCACGAAGACCCAGGCACAGGCCCAGGUGUCCCUGGCCAACAUGAUGCUCAACACUGAGCCACUGGAAGGGCCUGAGAGUGAUUGGCCAGACCCUUGCUUGCUGGACUUUGACAUGGGCAUGCAGUGCAAGGACUAUCAGAUUGUGUGGUUCUUUGACUCCAAACACAAGUUCUGCAGCCAGGGUUGGUAUGGUGGCUGUGGAGGUAAUGCCAAUAGAUUUGAGACCGAAGCUGAGUGCUAUAACAAAUGCUUAAAGCCAUCAGCAGAUGAGAAAGCCAUGCAGCAGCCACCCCUUGAGAAAAGAUUCUCAUCAGUGAUGGAUGUCUGCCGGCUGCAGAAGGACGAGGGCACCUGCAGGAACUUUGUGCUCAAGUGGUACUACGACCCCGAGACCAAGAGCUGCGCCCGCUUCUGGUACGGCGGCUGCGGCGGCAACGACAACAGGUUCAACACGCAGAAAGAAUGUGAAAAACUCUGCACCCCUGGAGCCAUCAACCCCGGCGCGGUGACAGCGAUGGGGACAUAGAGCCAGGGGCCGGCCAACACUUACCUCUGAGACAGCAUCACCUUUGCCACCUUGCCCCUAUAGAAGCUAAGGGUAUAGACAACCUUGCACUGUAAUAUUUCAUGCUUUUAACUCCCAGGCAAACCCCGAGGAGAGGGUUUUGCUGCAUGACCUAUCAAUAUGGUGCUAAACUGUUUGUGGACUGAGUGCUACACGUGCCCGGGUUAUAUUGUAUAGCUUCAACAUUGCCAAAUAUUUACCCAAGUGCAGAUUGUUAUUGUCUCUCAACAUGUCUUCUAAAUUAGCCUUUUUUCCCCCCCAAUUCUGGCUGUCUGCCUAUAUAAGGCAUCACCAAAAUGAGUCAAAAAAAUCAAAUCAUAAUAAUUUCACUGCAACUUGUUACCUGCUUGCUUUUAUCCUUCUCAUAACUGAGUGUAACUUUACAGGGGAAGCCUUUUUGUAAGAGAGUGGCUGAUUCUGAUAAAAAAUUGGUUCCAUUUCCACUCUUCCUCUUUUUUUUUUCUCCUUUUGCUGGAUUCAGUCUCAGACUACAUCUCUUGUAUGCAUUUGUACCACAUGUGGCCAACUGAACUAGCAAGGAAAAGGAAGCAAAGUUUCCAAAUGCAAAUGCACUGCUGGGACCAAGGCCUCAGUUAACAAAUCUUUAAAUUGUGGUGUAGGAUGCCUCUGGCAUUCUUCUGAUGUUGUAUGUUUUAUAAAAUACAAAGCAAAGCAGU